AUGACGACGGUUGUGUAUCUUUGCGCUGUGGAAAAUCAUCAGACCCGUGUGUGGUCAGAGUCGGGACAGCGGCUGCGAUGCCAGUUUCCUAAGAAACCAUGGUUUCUGGAGCUUGUUCAAGAGCACGAUUUGGCAGAGUGGCUGUCGGUGCGCAACCGCAAUGAUUCGGUAAAGUUUGCUUUGCACGGCAUCAUGAGCAUAUGUCCCGGCAUUUCGGCAGACGACUUGCUGUCGGAGUAUCCGAAAAGAUCCGAACUAGGGGUGUGGAGAUCCUUCUGGACAGCCCAAGGCAGCUUGUACACGGUCUUGGUGAAGGAGUGCUUGGUUUUCCAAGAACCCCAAGAGGUACACACAUACCUUGAUGUGCGUCAUGCAGAGCCUAGGCCCCUGCGAGGUCGGCCGAAUGCAUUGUCCCCUUUCCUUCCAUCCAAUUGCAAGCCAGAGCGCAUGCUCAAUGUGCCGGGGGUGUUGUGGCAGUGCGAUUCAUCAAGUCGCAUAGGAAACAUGACUGUGCAGGAUGCAUUGCAGCGCUGGGGGUUGGAGCUAACAGAAGCAUCUGUAGCCGUGCCAGUUGUGCAACCAGUCGCAGGGUUGAUCGUAAGAGGUGCUUGGAGUUCCGUUGGUUUGUUAGGGCAUUGGACGCUUCCACAAGAACUUUUCGAAACUGCGGAUUUCCCUCCAGAUGAGCUCAAGGAAAAACUUUUUCGACAGGAGCCGCACUGGUCAACCACCUUGUCGCACCAGCAAGUGUCGUUGCUGGCAGAUCGUGUCAGAUCUUGGGCCCCUGUGCUGUUGACAAACUCGAAUGAGGAGGCAGCUGGCCUCAUGCAGCUAGAGCUUGCAGACAUGAUUCAAUGGUUUGAAACCCUGCAGCGAAAUCUUGAGCAUCAGCCUCGCCCAUCCCACUACCCCAGUCACGUGAUGAUUGCUGCUGUGUUUUUGGCUUUCCUUUUGGGGUCACGAACACACAUGGCUGAGGCCAUUCCACUUGCAUUGAUGCUUGCUUUGCCUGGACUUGAUUUCGACGAUUUGGCCAAGCAUGUCAAGUGCCCCAAAACCACCACAUUAGCACGUGCAUCCACAUACAUGGACUUUGCAUACCUCAUGUUGUGCAGGGAACGUUGGAAGCAAACUCCACACCUGCUUUUCGCCUGGGCUGAUUCCUCCCCGCAAAGUGGGAGAGAGUGGUUCAUGAGUAUGGAGGCCUGCAUUCCCGAAUCCUCCCUUAUUGAGACCUUCCAGGUUGUGAAUAAGCUAAUCAGGGCGAGACCCGACUUGCAGGACCAUUUUGAAUCCCGAGAGUUGGAUCUCGAUGAGCUUCUGCACUGCAGCCGCACAUUGCAGGCAAAUCUCUUGCAUCACAAGAACAUACCUGUAGCAAUGGCCAGUGGUAAGACCAGAUUGGAAGACAAAGUUUCUUGCUUGCUUCACGUGUUGGCCCUUGAAAGCGACAGCCGUGCCUUCUUGACUCAGCAGCUGAGUCGUGUCGUGAGUUGGACCACUGACUUAGGCCUAGAGGUCCAAGUUCCGCAAUUUCAAGCAAAGGAUCCCGAAACUCUUGUACCAACUUGGCUGCACGCAAGCCUUCCGGUAGAGACCGAUGUGCAGGACAUCCCAUCUGAUUCAGAGGUUUCGUUGCAUGAUGGCGAUGGGCAGAAUCUUGCUGCUGCAGAGCAGCCGAGGCUCGACACAUCGUUGAUGCCAAGUUGCCUAAUUGUGCCGGGUCUGUUGCAUGUGUGUCAUAACUUGGCUGCGGAUCUCCAUGAGAAGAUGCAGCUUUGGGAGCCGUUCUGGGAACAGUUGAAGGAUGUGGCUGAACUGUUAGCGGAACGCCACCUUAGGGAGCGCCUCAUCAAUCAAUGUGUCCGUGGAUCAGCAGCAGCCCACCUGGAGCCAGACUUCCAACAAGCAGGCAUGUCGAAACUCUAUGAGAAACGCUGGCAGAAUGUAAUCAGCUGCUUGGAUUGUCUGAUGCCGCUUCUCGAGCCGUUGCGACAGGUGUGGAACUAUGAUACAUAUGUGUCCGACUCAGGCAUUGACAGAUCUGUUCUGCAAGGGGUGGACAAGGCUUUGGGAAGUCCCAUGUUCUUCCACUAUCUUCACAUGGUGUGGGCCGUCCACAAGCUUGUGUUCAAUUUCGAGUGUUGGGUCGAAGGGUGUCCUUGCCAUCAUGAAGUCAGGGAAUUCAGCAAAAAGCGGAAAUUCCGUCUGCACAGGCGCAAACCAGGUUCGGAUGUCUCCGUUAAGCAUUGUCCUAUGAAGGGCAAACGAAGUUGUGAGUUGGCCGUAGGUUGUAUCAACUCCACAUUCGAAGAACUCACCGAGUUGGCACAUUCGAGUUUCAUGGGUAUCGAUGUUUCAGGGUUGCCUGCUCUGACAGAAGAUCACAGAAAUGCGAUCUUGCGUGACUUCGAGUAUGCCAGAGCAUACCUCCAGUUCGGCUUGAAGUCGAAACUUGCGUUCUGGGAGACUGUGCCGUGGCGUCUUUGCGGUUUGGGUCAUCAUUUUGACUCGGUCGCUCGAAACUGUGCCGCCGAAUGCUUGGCAGAAUUCGAUAAGUCAUUGGAGGCAGGUCGGGUUAAAGCAGAGCAUCACCACCCACUUAGUGUGAAAUUCCUGUCCCCCGGUGGGCCGCUGCGGCACUCUGUCGAAGCCUUCUCUCAGGGGAGCCCAAUGUCCCCUGAUUUGUUGCAGGCUGUGGCCCCCCUAAAAUUUGUGCCCUGUGUAGAGCGCGUGGUGGAAGGAUUGCACCGCGACGUCAAGAUAGCAUCAAAACAUGUUCAGCUUGGCCCCACGAAAGUGUCUAUGACCGUCAGGCUUCCCGAAAUCAAAAGGCAUGUUCAGGAAUCUCCUGAAUUCCUUAGCAGACUGACAGCUGCUUUUGAUCAGAUGCGCAACUUGAAGAAGGCAGCUGCAAUGCUUGGAGUGUUGCAGCACCCCGAGCUGCUACAGCUUCUUCAUGACAAGGUCGUUUCCACAACAGACUGGUGGAUUCGACUUCAAAAGAUCGCGCACCGCUGUGAUUUAUCUGAGCAAUUCGCCGAUUAUCGCGAGGCUAGGGUAGAGCACGACAAAAUCACAAAGAAAAUCCGGGAAGAAACUGCCCGUGUCCAUGAUGCACAGGCCUUGCCCACACCCCGGACGUAUGAUGCCAUCUUUAAGCGUGCAAUUGUUGAUCAUUUUCGAAAGAUGUCUGAUUCCAGCUGUUCCUUCUCGCUGCCUUCCGUGCAGCAGCUUCAGGCUGAUGCCAAUGGCGGUUGCUACGAGAUUCUUCCUUUGCAGACGGUGCAUGUCCGGGCCCAAGCACAGCUUGAAGCUCUCGGCAACAGUGCAGAUGUGGACGUGCUUGAACCCAACAUGAAUGCCACCGCUCCUGAUCAUAUGGUCUUUCGUGUGUUGCACGGUGCCCCUGAAAACCUGAAGCUUGCCCCAGGCAGUGUUGCUCUCAAACCAAUCUUUCCCAAAGGGUCUUCCGUCGUUACUGUGCAUGACAUCAUUCACGAUGAUGAGUCAAGCCCUGCAGUAAACAUGAGCGCUUUGGCAGCUCCCCAGCUGUUGAAAGAUUUGGAGCACUGUCCACUUUCCACGCUGCGUGAGCAUCUCCGUGUCUGGAAGGUGUCAGGAAAGGUUCAGUACACGUUGCCGUGCGUUGGGUUUCCAGGGCAUGAGGUGCUGUCUUGUGUGACUGCCAUUUUGGAUGCUAAAGCAUUGCCUGAUGAGCCGUAUGUCCAGCCACCAUUGUCUUCAGCACAGAUGUGUCGAGCACUUGCACAGAAUGGGCUUCUCCAGAUCUUGAAUCCUGCCCCGGGUCGGGAUUCUGCACUUGUGCGCUUUACACAGGAAGGUGUUCGCAGUUUGCGAGUUGUCACAGCUUUGGGCAAUCCCGCACCAGUUUGCAGCAUGAGCAGCCAACCUUCCAAGAAUUGGGAUGUGAUGGAGCUGAUGUUGGCUAUGGAGAAUGAUGGUUGGGUAUGGCAGCCCCUCCCGAAGAGUAAGUCAGCAAAACAAGCGUUGUGCUACAAGCCAGGCGAUGCCAAGGUCUGGUAUUCCUUGUCACACUUUGUCAAUAAGACUUACUUGCAGUGUCUGCUGAAAGCAGAGAACAUCUUUGCCGCUGGUGCUGUCGACAGAAUACCGCACUGGACAACAAGUCCCUCUGCAGUUUACACAGCCAUUCUUGCAGGAAAGCCAAUCCCCAUGCCAAGCACCGAACAGCAAGGGUUGUUGGAUGACGACGAUGUUGACAUUGGUGACCAUGCUGUGCAGGAUGAUGUGCAUCAGGGUCUUGAGCCCGCUCUUGCUGGUUUGGAGGUUCUUGAAGGUGCGGGCAGUGCCGAGGGUCGGGAUGAAGAGCACGAUGAAUUGGUGCAUGAGCUGGAGCGGUUGAUUGAUCAAGCCGAUAGCGAAGAUGAAGUUGUGGGGCAGGAUGCCAGGUCAGAGGACGACGGAGGCGGUAUUGGCUCUGUGCCGUUGGAUGAAGCUGAGACUUCAGAAGCAAUGCUUCCACCCCCACCUCCCCCCGCCGCCCCACCUCCCGGGUUGCCACGCAACAGGCCGGCUGAGGAAGACAAUGUCUCCGUGGAUUCGGAGCUCGAAAAACCCCCGGCCUGGGGGGUCUUCCGCAUCAACCUGAAGCAACCUGCUGCCGCAAGGGUUCACGGCGGGUAUGAAGCUCGUUGCCCAUUUCAUCGCAAGUCAGCCAAGACUGAUUGCAAGAAGUUCGUGUCGAUUCGCGGCAGCGCUGCAGCCGACAAAGACAAUGCUCUUCGUGCCUUGAAAGCUUGGUGCAACUGUGCGGAAUCAUACAACCGCCAGAGGGAUCACAUCCAGCAUUUUGUUUCUCCCGAAACAGCGCCGUCCCAGGCAGUCUUGGAUGCAGGGCUCAUAACGCAAGCUCCCCCCGGCCGUCCUCGCACGGAUGAGGAGCUAGAUCGGGAGCGGGUCGCGGGUCCGGUGAAGCAAAGCUACGCCUUCAUCCAGAGGCAGAAGCGGAGCAGGAUCCGCGCGGGGCCGCGGGAGAUCGAGUGCCAGAGUCGCCAGGCCGCCGUCCGACGAAGCUGCGUCGGAUCCGCCGAGUUCUUCUUCCUCUUCGAGUUCCAGCUCGAGCAGCUCUUCAUGAGGCAUUGGGUCAUUCAGCUGAGAUUGAUGGUCAGGUCAGAUGAGAUAUGCUUUUAUUCGAUUGAUGCGGGUGGCUGGUGCAACAGCUACCCAGGCCACACGGGUAGCAAGCGACGGGCGGAGCCUAGCAGUGACAAGAAGUCAAAGGCCUCCACAACUCCCAAAGAUAAGCGUGGGCGAAGCAAGACAAGAUCGGGAAAGCCGGCAAAGAGAGACUCCCGUGGCACAGGGCGUCAUGAGAAGCGACAGACAAAAGAGAAGGGAAAGAAGCACUGCAAGUCCUGUGGUAAGUCGUUACCCUUGUCAAGCUUUGCCAUAAACCAGAGCAACUGCCUGGACUGCAAGAAAUGCUUGGACGUCUUGUCCAAGAAGUGCCGUGCGUGCGGAAAAAGCGCCUGGUUGGCAGAGGUGAAACAGUGUCCCAAGCGCCUCAAAGCCUUGAUCAACGCUUACCGGGCGGCUGUCGUGGAAGCAAAAUCAAAAGGACAGAAGACCGCGACCUUCAGCAUCAUUACAUACAUCGAAACAACCAAAGCCUCGUCAGCAGUUGAAUCCGUCGCAAGAGGCACCAUGAUGUGGCAGGACCAGGCGGUGGAACACUUUCAAACCCCAGCAGGAGGAUCUUUGUCGAAAGCCGCAGCAGAGGCGAAGUGGAAAUCCAUGUCUGAUUCAGCUGAAGCUGAUGGAACGAUCACGGAUACAUUGGGACCCAAGCAGGCUCCACUCAGGCUCAGGAUCCACAUUGGCGACGAUGUUAACUUCGUCAACAAGUACAGCCGCUCUAAGCCCCUCAGCUUCACAACGAGGCGUGUGGAGGCUGUGAGGGCCACAAAGAAGAAGGGCACAGAGGAGGAUGUGAGAAAACUUGGCAAGAAUCUCAUGCUCAGCCAUGAGAGUGUUGCCGGUGCCCGUGCCUUGUCAGAUGUGGCGAACGACCUUGCUGGUGGUCUUGGAAUGGAAGGUCACGCAGCGGCUCUGGGAGAUGUCGAAGCCCUUUGCCCGGCUUCAGAGCCGGAGGCAUCUGAUGACUCGGGGAGUGGCGACGACUCGGAAAUGUCUGCGGGCGAGGACAAGCCGGCAGGUCGAAAAUCGUGGUUCGACCGUGAUCGCGAGGUCAACAAGGCAGCCAAGAUUGCUAAGGGUAUCCUGGAGAGACUGUGCGAGCUAUCCAAAGGCGAGCUGCAGAAGAUGGUUGCCGCUAAGCGCGAGUAUGAUUCUCUCCGUGCAAAGGAUAAAAAGCAAUUGGAAGGAGAUCAUGCUAUCAUGCUCGGCAGGCAGAAAUGCCUGGAAGCAGUGCUUGAUGGUCCUAGUGCACUUGCCAACUACAUCAGCAGCUUCGAUGCAGCGGCUGAUGACAAAGGUUCCGUGAAAUCUGAGUCCGUCAAGGCUUUGGGCUCGGCUUCCCCAUCGCGAACCUUCCGCGACCUGCGGGCUUUCUCAGACUGGGAGAUUCAACUUGACAAGAUCAAUGAGUGUGAAUCCGUGGAGGCCAUUGAAGAGCAGAAGGCGAUCCUGCAGAAGGACUUCAAGAACCCAAUCGCUGACUUGGUCAGCGCCGCCAAAUCCGCUUUGUCUGACCUUCAGCGAGGCCUGAAAGUCGUCAAGAAAGCUGCUGCGGGUGCAGCUGCCAAGGCAGCAUCGGGAACAAGCAAAAAAAAGGCCACUGCAUCAGUGCACGGCCCAGCCAAGCUAUUCCAGGCUGCCGACCACAUGGCUUCUGUGUCAGUGAUAGCAGAGGGCGAGGAGUUGAGUGAUUUCGACAGCCCCGCAAUCAUCCGCUCAACUCCUGAGAAGUUAAGCGAGUUCGAAGCGAGCCAUCCAAUCAAGAAGGCCAUCAUGCAGGAGUUUGCGCAGUUGUUCAGUGCACAAGCAAGUGCACAGCGGGUGGACCGAGCACACAAAAGGUUUGCUGCAAACACAGACGUCUACCACGCCAUGGCAUCGAGGAUGGGUUCCUUGCUUCGUCAAGCCGGGCCGUGCUCUUCCCCAGAAAUCCCCCAAGAUGUCAAGGCCGCGAUGGACGUGCAAGCGGUCAUCGUUGCAAAGAAUGUCAUCAAGAUUGCCACGGAGAAGCAUCAGUCAGGUGCCCUGCGCCUGACUGUAUCCGGGAGCCGCGAAGUCGUAAUGAUGCGACAGAAGUGCUUGCAAGAGCACAUGGGUGCAUCGUCGCUCAAGUCGGCCAGAGAUUUGUUCACGGAAAUGAAUGAUGAGCAGCUUGCUGAUGUUCGCAACAAGGGAAUUCAGGUGUACUAUGCCAACGUGAACAAGGGAGAUGCUCUCUAUGUUCCGGCCGGCUGGAUUUUCGCUGAGCGCAUCCUCGGCUCGGCUCCUUGGGUCGGAGUUCGUGCUGGUGUGCUCUGUGACACUCUGGGUGCGAAGCAGGACUUGGAGUGGCUUGCCAAGACCUGGUGUCGAGAUGACGAGCUUAUGAAGGUGAUGCUGAAUUGCUUGACCAACAAGUUGGUCGGAGCUGGGACGGACAGGCAGCCCCUCGAAAACCCAGCGCCGCAAGAGCCACAAGGAGCAUUGCCAAAGCAGCCCAGCAAGCAGGAAGCCCCACAGGAUCAGAAAGGUCAGCUCGAAAAGCCAAGCAACGAAGUAGACGAAAAGUCUUUCAAAGAGAAUCUGGACAGGAUGGAGGCAGAGCACCAACGAAAGGAGCAUGAGAAACAACAGGAGCACGAGGAAAGGGAAAGGCAGAUGAAGGAGAAAGAGCAACAAGCUUUGCAACAACAAAUGAAAGAUCAGAAGAUGAAGGAGAAGGAGCAACUGCAGCUUGAACAGCAGCCACCCGAGCAUGAGCAAGCCCAGCAAAAGCCGGCAGCAGCCAAGGAGCCCGAAGCUUCGCCAGUACCAGUUCCAGGUAGUCACAAUCACAAAGGCACCCAGCCGGCACAGGGUGAUGAGCACACACACACCAAGCGAUCCGCAGAGGCAGCAUCAGCAUCGGACACCCCGAACCCGAAGACACAACGUGUGGAGGACUUAACCCACCUGUGA